AUGUAUGCUCUGACUGGUAGUACUGAGGGUGACUGUUACCUGUGUGUGCCGCCCGACCCUGGUAUAGAGGCUGCUGCUCUAGGUGCUAGUGAGUCUGCUCUCUCUGGUACUACGCCUGCUGAGGCCUUGCACACCUUCACGCUUGACUCAGGUGCUUCUCGCUGCUUCUUUCGCGACAGUACCACAAUCACACCACUCCCUAGACCAGUUGCAGUCUCACUGGCUGACUCCUCUGGGGGACCAUCUCUUGCACGUUCCUCCACUGUUCUCCCGUGUCCAGCGGUUCCGUCUGGCUCACUGUCAGGUCUCCACCUCCCCUCGUUCUCAACGAACUUGGUGAGUAACGCGGUCCUUCAGGAUGCAGGGGUUGAUACCUUUACCCCUGGAGGCCAGCGUGUGGCGAUCUGCACGUGCUCCCGGACGGGCCGUCACCUGGCCACGUUCACACGUCGGCCUGGGUCGAGUCUGUACACACUGACUACUGUGCCUCCUCAGGUCGCUGCGUCUGCUCAUGUGUUCGCGUCAGGUCAGGUAGCCGCCUCGUGCUUGUGUCGCCUCCUGUCGCACCAGACUCUCCUCUGGCACCACCGCCUUGGUCACCCCUCCCUGCCACGUCUCCAUGGCAUGCACUCCCGUCUUCUUGUCUCUGGUCUUCCCAGGUCUCUACCUCCCCUCCCUCCCUCGCCUGCGCCGCCUUGCAUUCCUUGCGUCGAGGGGCGGCAGCGCGCCGCUCCUCACUCCUCCUCGUUUCCCCCGAUGACUGCUCCCCUGCAGACUCUCCACAUGGACGUGUGGGGCCCCAGCCGCGUCAGUGGACAGGGCCGCGAGCGAUACUUUCUGCUGGUUGUUGACGACUACUCGCGUUACACCACGGUCUUCCCCUUGCGCAGCAAGGGGGAGGUCCCUGAUGUCUUGAUCCCUUGGAUCCGCGCUGUUCGUCUCCAGCUCCGCGAGCGGUUCCGCACGGACCUUCCUGUCCUGCGUCUGCACUCUGACAAAGGUGGUGAGUUCUCCUCCGACCUCUUGCGGGACUUUUGUAAGGGCGAGGGCAUCCUCCAGUCGUUCACGCUUCCGGCCUCCCCGCAGCAGAAUGGGAUUGCAGAGCGCCGCAUUGGCUUAGUCAUGGAGGUGGCUCGUACCUCCAUGAUCCACGCGGCUGCUCCCCAUUUUCUGUGGCCGUUUGCGGCCCGGUACGCUGCGUAUCAGCUCAACCUCUGGCCCCGUGUCUCCUUGCCGGAGACCUCGCCUACACUGCGUUGGACGGGGAAGGUUGGCGAUGCGUCGGUGUUCCGGGUCUGGGGCUCUCGUGCCUUUGUCCGCGAUACUUCCGCGGACAAGCUCUCCUCCCGCACCAUUCCAUGUGUCUCCCUUGGCUUCCCUCCUUAUGCGCCUGGCUGGCAGUUUUACCACCCCACCUCGCGCCGUGUCCUGCCCUCUCAGGACGUCACGUUUGACGAGUCGGUUCCCUUCUACCGUCUCUUCCCCUACCGCUCUGCCCCUCUCCCCCCUCCGCCGCUCUUCCUCGCUCCAGGUCCCCCUCCGGUAGACCCCCUCCCUCCUCACGGUCCUGCUCCUUCAGGUGUCUCUCAGGUAGACCCACUUCCCUUAGCUGAGCCUGUCGAGGUCACUGGUGACUCUGGUGCUGCUCGGGGUACUGCGUCUGGGGGUGCUGAGCCUGAGCGUGCGGAGCCUGGGGGUGCUGAGCCUGAGCGUGCGGAGCCUGGGAGUGCUAAGCCUAAGCGUGCGGAGCCUGGGGGUGCUGAGCCUAAGCGGAGCCUGGGAGUCACGCUACUAGAGCUGGAGGCACUGGAGCUGGAGGCACUGGCGCUGGAGGCACUGGAGCUGGGGGCACUCGCGUUGGAGGCGCUGGAGCUGGAGGUGCUGGAGCUGCAGACGCUAGAGCUGGAGGUGCUGGAGCUGGAGGCGCUGGAGCUGGAGGCGCUGGAGCUGGAGGACCUCGAGCUGGAGGCGAUGCAAUGGAGCCUCUCUCCCCACAGCAGCUGCGCGAGUGGUACGCUCGGCGCACCCGCCUUCGGAGUCGCGCUGCUGCAGCUGGCGGCGCUGGAGCUGGAGGCACUGGGGCUGGGGGCGCUGGCGCUGGAGGCGCUGGCGCUGGAGGCACUGGAGCUGGAGGCACUGGACCUGGAGACGCUGGAGCUAGAAGCGCUGGCGCUGGAGGCGCUGGAGCUGGAGGUGCUGGCGCUGGAGGCGCUUGAGCUGGAGGCACUGGACCUGGAGACAUUGGAGCUGGAGGCGCUAGAGCUGGAGGUGCUGGCGCUGGAGGCACUGGAGCUGGAGACGCUGGAGCUGGAGGCGCUGGAGCCGGAGGUGCUGGCACUGGAGGCACUGGGUCUGGAGACGCUGGCGGUGGAGGCGCUGGAGCUGGUGGCGCUGGAGCUGGAUCUGGUUGGAGGCGCUGGAGCUGGAGGCGCUGGAGCUGGAGACCCUGGAGCUGGAGGUACUGGUGCUGUGGGCACUGUGCAGCAGCGCCCAUUUUUCUUGCUCCCGCCGCAGCUGUCCGACCUACCGCCUGAGUCGGUGCUCCGUCAGGUUCUUAGUAUUCCUUCGUCCACUGCCCUUCCUUCGGACUCACCCUUGCCUGCCCCGCCUCGUUACACUACGCAGCCAGCCUCCCUUACAGAGCGUCGUGAGCCUGCGUCUCGUCCUGCCUCCCCUGUUCGCACUGUUCGUCGUGCUCGUCGUGUCCCUCGUCCGCGUCCUCCUCCUGUGCCAGGUACUCACACUAUGGCACUUCGUCCUUCCUCUAUUCUGCAGCGUGUCCCUCUGCCGUCUCCUCCUGCGUCCUCUCUUCCUGACGUUCCAGACCCUGAGUCUGACUUGGUCCGUGCUGCCAUUCCCACCGUCACGCGUCUCCUGGCCACAGUCGUCACUGACCCGUCGUUUGAGUCUACUGCUGCGUCUGCCUUAGUUGCUGAGCUUGUGGACUUUGCUGCUGCGUGUCGUCUCGACUACGCUGCUAGUCUUGUUGAUGAGUCUGAGUCUGUCUGUCCUCCGUCCGUCGGGGGUGAGUGUGCUCUUGGCACGGACGUCCUUGAGGACAGGUAG